AAAAGACAAAAAAAAACUUCACGGUGGCGGAAGAUAGAUCGAGAAACCGGAAGUAAGUGAAAAAGAAGGAAGUGGUGAUUGACACCGGCAGGUAUCGGCCCGUAAGUGACAGAGCGGGGGCAGCCGAAGCGAAACAGACGGCCUAGGAAAGCGAUACAAAGCAAAAUCAUAGGACGGAAAGAGAGGUCUCCGCUACGGUUCCCGGUUUGUUGCUACCAAUGUUUGUAUCCCUGGAAGGUCUCCUUCAAUUACUGUGGACGUUAGAUUGAUAAAUGCAGAUUACCAGCUGCUGUUGUAUGAGAGGAAGCAAGUUGCUCUCUUCCUCUGAUGUUUUCUGGUGACCAGUUGCUUGCUCAGCACAUUGGAAUCUAACACUAGCAAGUAGUUAGCACUUCACUUGGAUGUAAAGGACUUCUUGUUGCAUGGUGGAUGAUUAUGGCGCAGGAGACAAACCACAGCCAAGCACCACUACUAUGUUCAACAGGUUGUGGCUUCUACGGUAAUCCUCGAACGAACGGUCUCUGUUCCGUGUGCUAUAAAGAGCAUCUACAGAGGCAAAACAACAGUGGUGGGAGAAAUAGUCCUCCAGUUGUGUCGGUAGGAAGUGGAGUGGAGGCAUCAACCCCACAGAAUGCAGAGAGCUCACAGGCAGGUGAUGUAGCAGAUCCUGUGGUUCCACAGACUACACAGGCCAGCUCGUUGCCACUUUUGGAAACUGGGUCGUCAUCUUCACAAGCUGAAAAUGCAGAUAGCAGAACUACAGAUACAAAAGAAAUACAAGCUGCAACAUCAGACAGUUCACAGAACUCCUCCGAGGAGCUUGAACGCUCUCCUGAAAAAGCCAAGCUGAAAAAGAACCGUUGCUUUAUGUGCCGUAAAAAGAUUGGACUCACUGGGUUCGAAUGUCGAUGUGGAAACGUAUUCUGCGGGACUCACCGUUAUUCUGAUGUGCACAGUUGCUCUUAUGACUACAAAGCGGAUGCAGCUGAGAAGAUCAGGAAAGAAAAUCCAGUUGUGGUUGGAGAAAAGAUUCAGAAGAUAUAAAUGGGGCUGAAAGAUCGGUAUCCCUGAUGAAACCUGCCUUGUGUUGCAGGAGAUGGGCCUUGGUGGGGAAAUUGGAAAAAAAACCCACCUUGUGUCUUUUUGACUCUGCUUCCAGGGAUACAGUUGUGCUGGCUUCACUUUUUUUCAGUUUUAGUUUUGAAUUUUUCCUAUACUAUUUCAUCUUUUUCCUGGGAAAAAAAGGAUACAAAACAGACUUGAGUAAACUCUUAAGUAUCUUCUACAGGUUUUCAUCCUUUUCAGACCAGUUAGAUUAUUUUUUAGAGGCACAGAGGAUUUAAAAACAAAAAAAAAACCCCAAGGAGUUAAUGGUUCUGUUUGGCAUAGUUGUGUUUUCAACCGACGAGCAGUUACAUGUAGGUUUAUUCUUCAGAGGAAAGUUACCCUUGCAUUACAAACCAAUAACCCAACACACUGCAAGGUUCUCUCGUGCCCAAGAAAUUAAGCCAAUAGCUCCUUAACCCAUUGUAUUUAUCCUAAAGUAAAUGGAUCGAUAUUUUAUUGGACCAAUUUAAUUAUGUAUGCUUGUGAGUUCUAGAGAAAUGAUGGUAUCCUCGGAGAGCUUAGCUCUAUGAACUCUCUGCUCUACAACAUAUUGUGUGAUUGUUUGGAUGAUUAAAGAAACUCUUACUAUAUACACAGUGAUGCAUUUAAAUGAUACUACCUGUUUGUUCCCCAUCAGGUGGUGCAUUUCUUUGUACAUUUAAUAGGUGCUAUUUAGCCCUGAUUUCUUUUGAGUCUGCAGUCCUCGGCUAGAGAUCAGUUUGUUCAUCUGUAGGUUGGGAGAUCGCUAUAUACAGAAGACUGAGGCAUCCAUCUUCCAGACUUUUCCCUUUUUUUUCUUCAGCCUGAGAAUGUUGUCCACUGAUCAACUGACUUUUGGUCAGAUGUGUGAAUGUUGGUCCCCCAAGGAAAGGCUUAAUGUUUAUGUCAAUCUUAUUAAAUAAAAGUUAAAAAUCUAGAGUAAA